AUGGAUGUAAUUCAGCCAAACGCACUGGUGACAGCUCAGCGUGGAGACACUGUGACUCUACCAUGUUUCUACAAUCAGGAACUUAUCACCUAUGCCAGCUGGUUUAAGCAACGCCUUGGACAGAAGCCUCAGAUUGUAGCCCUGUCAUUGAACUAUCAAUCAGGUGCUAUAUUUUUCAAUGAGUUUGGAAACAUCACACGUUUCAGUGCUAACACAAGAGAGGGGAUCUUUAACCUGACUAUCUCACAAGUAGAGCCGUCUGAUUCAGCAACAUACUACUGUGCUAUUAUACACUACAAUGAGGUCAUCUUUGGAAAUGGAACUACUUUCAUGUUGACAGGUAAAUAUGAAAUGGAUUCCUUUUUCCUUCUCCAGCAGCCCGAGUCUGAGUCAGUGCAGCCAGGAGACUCUGUGCCUGACUCUGUGCAGUGUACAGUGCACACUGAGACCUGUGCAGGAGAACACAGUGUGUACUGGUUCAGACAGGCCUCAGGAGAGUCCCCUCCAGGAAUCAUUCACACCCAUGGACACAGGAGUGAUGAGUGCCAGAGGAGCUCUGGGACUGUGUCUCCCACACAGAGCUGUGUCUACAACUUCCCCAAGAGGAACCUCAGCCGCUCUGAUGCUGGGACUUACUACUGUGCUGUGGCCACCUGUGGGGAGAUCCUGUUUGGGAACGGGACCAAGCUGCAUGUUGAGGGAGCAAAAGCAAUGAGAAUUCCAGAGGUAAGAGACCAAGUGAUCAAUGUCUGGUUUAUGAGAGGGGACCCAAGAGCGCUCCUCGUGGCCAAAACCCUCCCAGUCAAUGAGGUACUGCUUACCCCUGCCCACGCGGCGCUCAGCCAGGAUGCGGCACACUGUAUAGACCGGGCCCCCGUCAAUGAGCCGUGGAGGUGGCGGAGGGACCUCCGCCGGGGCCCCCGCACUUAUCAGCAGUGGUUUAAGGCGGGAGACGUGGAAAGUGGGGUGGAUACUCAUGGACCGGGGCAGUUGGACACCCACGUAGUGAUUGGUAAUGUGACUUUCUUGCAACAAGCUGAGGCUUCUGUCCAAGAGUUUGCUUUAACCAGCUGA